UGUUUUGCCACUCAAAAAAUAAUGUUUUAUGAGAGAACGAAAAUCGUUUUUUUCCAUACUCAACAUGAUGCCAAACACGUCAACAAAAAUCGGCUGUCAAAACAAAACAAAUGGCUGUAUCGCGCUGAAAUUUGACAUGUCUGCCUAAAUAUGAAUGGACUAUAAAGCACCAUAAUCUUUUUUGCUAUUGCAGUGCAUUCUGGCGGUCAAGGAGGUUACUUUUCACCCCACCUAGUAUGCAAGUCAAAUUUCUUAAAAAAUAUUGAGCGACAAAAGACAACAUUCAAUAAAAAUAUUUCUGAUUAUCUUUGAGUGUUUUUAAGGCAGGUACAUCUGAAAGUGUGUAAAGUAACAAAAAUAGUAUGCAGUAUUCUUAGAGUACAAAUAGCUUGGGACAUAGGAGUAAUUAUGAUAGUCCUCACUGGGUAUCUUUAUAAUUUGUAUAUUCACUACAUUAUGAGCAAACACGAUAUAAAAUAUUGGACAGAACAUACGUUUAUGACGUUGUUAUUGUGUUCUUAUCACGUUAUGAAAAUCUUUAUUCUGAAUCGCGUUUGCAAGAAUGCAGCUGAUGAGGGAAACAGAACCGCUGAAAUAAUUCAUUCGAUUUAUGGUUGCAAUACAGAUAUUGAUAUAAAGGAAGAAAUUCAACAGUUUGGCCUUCAAAUUUUGCAAAGCCCCGUGACAUUUUCUGCGUUUAGUCUUACUUUGGACAAUCGUGUCUUAAGCAUGAUUUUGAAAAUCUUGACGACCUACAUGGUUAUCUUGAUACAAAUGGGCAAUGAAUUGGAAUCGAAUAAUGAUAUACAUUAUUCACAAUUUUAAAUAAUGGUAGAUAUUAAAUAAUUCAUUCAUCCCAAUGGCGCUACUGCCCAGAUUCAGUCUUCACCUCCUCAAACUUCUCAUCCUCUAGAUAUCCCCUUUAUAUAUGUUAACAUCCUCCAGUUCACAUGAAGUAUAUUCCUGGUAUCUCUGUCAAUAUUAUUGGUAAUUAUUUAGAUUAACACACCCACCUCCAAUAACCUUGGGCUUGACAUAUA